GUCCGUCACAGAGUUCACAUCGGCAUAUCAUCUCACUGACCUGCAAUCUUCACUUCAUCAUCUGGAAAUGCCUGUGAAGGACAGGUGCACCUGGGAGAUGCAGUUUCUGUAAAGCCAAUUCGAGGUGAAUUACUGCAUCUGGUCGUUCAUCAUUGAGAGGAAAAUAGGAAGUCAACCUCACAGUUAGAGGAAGGACUGCCGAGCUUCCCUCUAAUCAAGUUCUCUCUGUGGAAAAUAUGUCAACCUCCACCACAGACAGUGAAGGUAGAGGAACCAAACCCUCUAAAGCAUCAAAGGAUCAUAAAAAGCCCACAGCAGCUGCCCUAAAAGGAGCCAUUCAGCUGGGUAUUGGUUAUGCUGUGGGAAACCUCAGCUCUAAACCAGAUCGGGAUGUUCUCAUGCAGGACUUCUCCGUGGUGGAGAGCGUUUUCCUGCCCAGUGAGGGCAGCAACCUGACUCCAGCACAUCACUACCCAGAUUUCCGUCUGAAAACGUACGCACCGCUGGCCUUUCGCUACUUCAGAGAGCUGUUUGGCAUCAAACCAGACGACUAUCUGUACUCCAUGUGUAAUGAGCCACUGAUCGAGCUGUCCAACCCCGGCGCCAGCAGUUCCUGGUUCUACCUGACCAGCGAUGAUGAGUUCAUCAUUAAGACGGUGCAGCACAAAGAGGCCGAGUUCCUGCAGAAGCUUCUUCCUGGUUACUACAUGAAUCUGAAUCAGAACAAGAGGACUUUGCUGCCCAAGUUCUACGGCCUUUACUGCAUCCAGUGCAGCGGCAUCACCGUCCGUGUGGUGGUGAUGAACAACGUGCUGCCGCGUGCCAUGAAGAUGCACUACAAGUACGACCUGAAGGGUUCCUCGUACAAACGACGCGCCUCACGCAAAGAGCGCAUCAAAUCCUCGCCCACGUUCAAAGACCUGGACUUCCAGGAGAUGCACGAGGGCCUGCACUUCGACCCGGACACCUACAGCGCCCUGAUGAAGACCCUGCAGAGGGACUGUCGGGUCCUUGAGAGCUUUAAGAUCAUGGACUACAGUCUCCUGUUGGGGAUUCACGUUUCAGACCGGAAGCGGCUGGGCAGAGAAAGCCGAUGUGACAGCAGGAAGGGACAGAAGGUCCUCUACUCCACCGCCCUUGAGUCCAUUCAGGGUAACGCGAAGGCCCCUGAACCCGGGGCUGAUGACGACACAUUGGGUGGAAUUCCUGCCAAACAUAAAGAUGAGAAUCUUCUCAUCUUUUUAGGAAUCAUCGACAUCCUUCAGUCCUACAGGUUCAUGAAGAAGGUGGAACACUCCUGGAAAGCUCUUGUACAUGAUGGGGACACGGUGUCGGUUCACAGGCCCAAUUUUUAUGCGGACAGAUUUUUGAAUUUCAUGGGCACGACUGUAUUCAAAAAGAAUCAACCUUUAAGGGGAGCAUCUUCAAAGAGGAAGAGGAGUUCCUUCUACACGGCAAAGUCUGCCUCUCAGGAGUUUCUGUCCCCACUGAAGGAAGAGAAGAAGGAAGAGAAGAAGGCCCAGAGCUUGGACAACCUGGAUGGAAACUGUAAGCUUUACAGUUCCUCCAAGCAACCAGAUCUCCUUCCGAGAGUUUCUUUCAAGCCCACCGGAAACGAUGAAGAGGACAUUGAAAACAGUGAAGCCCGGAGAGCCUCCAGUUCAACGAUCGCUCUGGACGAUCCUCUGCCGUCUCUCAGCGGGAGCCAGUCAGACUCUGACCUGGACGUCUACUUGCGUCACACAGACUCACCCAGGGGACCCAGCUGCAGUUGAUCAGUCGUUUGUGUACCAGCAUCCAUGAACUUGAGGAGCCACCUGGACUUCUAACCUUUGACCUCCCGGUCCCACGGUGUCGAGACAUCAGGACCUCACAACAGUGUAAAUGUGACAAGCUACAAGCAGUAACAUGUUGAUGUCAGUUUCACCACUGUGAGCAUCACCUUGUGCCUCUAUGACUUUCCUUUUUUAGUCAAAGUACAUGUGCCAAAUCACAGGUUCUUUAUUAGAAAUCAAUAAUAGAUGGGGAUACAGUCUGUGUUUCUGUGUGUUAAGAUCACUGAACCACUGUAUUAAUAUAAAACACUAUGAUGCCAUUUCCUCUCUUGUUAUUUGCACUUUGCUGCUAAUUUAACAACAGUGCUAACAAAGAAAAUUGAGUUUGACCUCCACUCUUGGAUGUCUGAAUUUCUGUGCAAAUGUUCAAAUGUUCUCUGCGGCUGGUUCCUGAGAAAAUAGAUGUCCUGUAACUGAAUGAGCUACAGGGAAAAAUAAUGCUGUUAUUUUUAAAUUAUUAAAUUACAUAGAUAUGCGAUGAGAUCAUUCAGGCGUCAGGAAUCUGAAUGAAAGAUUCACCUGUCAUUCAAAUAUGCAUGAGUGAAAUAGAGUUAAUAUCCUUAUAAACUUUAUGUAUAACUGAUUUUGGAAUCCCAAUUUGCAUCAAAGAAUAAAUACAUUUUAUAAUAUACAAAUAUGAAUUUGUUCUAUUUUUAAACAUGUAGAAUCUGCUGCGUUCCUGUCAUUACUCUAGAGAAUGUACAUUUCAUCUUCACUUGGAUUUAUUAAAACUAAUGCCUGCUUUAAGCUGUUUUGAAUCCUGGAGUUAAAUAAUGACUAUAUUGUACUUUUAUCAACUGUCUUCUUUUACCUUCAAAUGUUUGAAAAUCUGUGCUUUUGUGUGAUUUUAGGCCCACAACUGUAUUAUAGCAAUACUUUGAA